GAAAGCAGAGCAGCAUUCUCCCUCCCUCCCACCCACGCGCGCGCGCCUCGUCUCGGAGAUCUCGCCCGCCCGCCAUGGACGCCGUCGACUCCGUGGUGGACCCCCUCCGCGAGUUCGCCAAGGACAGCGUCCGCCUCGUCAAGCGCUGCCACAAGCCCGACCGCAAGGAGUUCACCAAGGUGGCGGCGCGGACGGCGAUCGGCUUCGUCGUCAUGGGAUUCGUCGGCUUCUUCGUCAAGCUCAUCUUCAUCCCCAUCAACAACAUCAUCGUCGGAUCCGGCUAGAUUGGAGACUACAGGAUGUUCUGCAUGAAGAUAGUGCAAUACUAGCAAUUGGGCCUUCGGUGUCUCGAAGUAGGCAAACAAAGUUUGUUUAACCCUAUUUCGAAAGUUGUUGUUAAAGACAGUUAACUUCUUUGUUCAAAUUCUGAGAAAUUGUGGCCAGCUUAA